GGUCGCUCCCCGCGAAUCUAUUUAACCCGGCCGCCCACGCUCGCCCGCCGGCGACGCCGCCGCCCACACACACGCAGCCACCAGAAGCGGAGGAGAAGAAAUAAGAACUGGUGUGGAAUAAAAAGGAGAAAACAACGGCAGAAAGAAUAAUAUCCGGAGCACGAGACCAACGAGGAGGACGAGCGGCAGCAUCACGGAGGAGGAAGAACAGCGACCGACUACGACCGCCCGCGAGCUCUCGAGUUUCCAGCGAAAAUAUCCGAAGAUCCUUGCUAGUUUCCAGUGACGUUCUAUCCCAUUAAGCAAGGUUCUUCAAGGUGAUGGUUCAGUCUCAACCCUGCUGACCUCCAUGUCCGGGGCCCCACGCUCCAACCUUGGACUUGUUCCCAGGGACAUGAAUGGUAGCCUUCCAGUUAGUACUACAAAUUCCUCUGGGCCAAGCAUUGGUGUUAGCUCUUUGGUGACCGAUGGCAACUCAUCACUUUCUGGAGGUGCCCAGUUUCAGCAAAGUACGAGCAUGAAUGCUGAUUCGUUCAUGCGCCUUCCUGCCUCUCCGAUGUCGUUUUCAUCCAAUAACAUUUCUGGCUCUUCAGUCAUUGAUGGCUCCAUCAUGCAGCAAAGUCCACCCCAAGAGCAGAUGCAGAAGCGGAGAGCAUCUAGUGUAACAUCACAACCUGUGAUUGAUGCUGCUGCCGCAUUUCAUGCUCAAAAGAAGCCAAGAGUUGAUAUUCGGCAAGAUGAUAUCUUGCAACAACAGUUGAUUCAACAGCUGCUCCAAGGUCAGAGUUCUCUUCAUCUCCAGGGUCAGCAUAACCCACAGCUUCAAGCCUUGAUCCGGCAGCAUAAACUGGCACAAAUUCAGCAACAACAGCAGCAUCAGUUAUCACAACAAUUUCCUCAGCAUCAACAUUCUCAAGUUGGCAUACCUCGGCAGCCACAGUUGAGGCCGCCGCUAGCACAGCCUGGAAUUCAGCUAGCUGGACCUGUUAGGACUCCUGUCGAGAGCGGGCUUUGUUCCCGAAGGUUAAUGCAGUAUUUGUAUCACAAGCGUUACCGGCCAGAUAAUAAUCCCAUAACAUACUGGAGGAAGCUCAUUGAUGAAUAUUUUGCACCACGAUCAAGAGAAAGAUGGUGUGUGUCAUCAUAUGAAAAACCAGGGAAUACCUCGGUUGCUAUUCCACAGACAUGCCCGGGUACAUGGCGUUGUGAUAUUUGUAAUACGCAUUCGGGGAAAGGAUACGAGGCUACCUCUGAAAUACUUCCUAGACUCUGUCAAAUUAGAUUUGACCACGGUGUUAAGGAUGAAUAUCUGUUCCUUGACAUGCCGAACGAGUUCCGGUUGCCCAACGGACUGCUGCUCCUGGAGCAUGCUAAAGUUGUUCAGAAGAGCAUCUAUGAACACCAACAUGUCACACAUGAGGGACAACUGAGAAUAAUAUUCACUCCAGAACUAAAGAUUAUGUCCUGGGAGUUCUGUUCACGGAAACACGACGAGUAUGUCACUCGCAAGUUUCUAACAGACCAGGUUACACAUAUGCUGCGUGCUACCCAGAAUUACCAAGCCACUGUCACUAAAAAUGGUCCUGCUGGCCUAUCGAACGACGAGGCACAAAACGCUUGCAACCAGUUUGCGUCAGCAUCACGACAACUAGCGAAAAAUAUAGAUCACCACAGCCUAAAUGAGCAUGGACUUUCUAAAAGAUAUGUUCGCUGUUUGCAGAUAUCAGAGGUGGUGAAUCACAUGAAGGAUCUAAUUGAGUUCAGCCACAAGAACAAGCUCGGCCCUAUAGAGGGCCUGAAGAACUAUUCCAAACUAACUGCUGGACCAAAGCUCACGGUGCAGAAUUUGCAUGACUCAAAGGCGGUCAAAACAGAAAUAAGCCCCCAUGUGAAUAACGAGGUUCCAGGUGUUGGAGCAAUUAGUAAUAAUCCGCAGAAUCCUGCAGCACAAAGCAAUUACCAACAUAUGCUGAGAAGCUCAAGUGCAAAUCAGUUGCUUCAGCAGGAGGCAUCACAGAAUGCUGCGGCAAUGAACAGUUACCAGAAUAUGUUUAGAAGCUCAAGCGCAAAUCAGGGCUUGCUCCAGCAGGAGGCAUCUCAGAAUGCUGCUGCGCUAAACAAUUACCAGAAUAUGCUUAGAGGCUCAAGCCCGAAUCAAAGUUUGCUUCAGCAGGAGGCAUCGAGUAUCUUCAAAGGUCCUACAGCAGUGCACAGUGGCAUUCAGCUGGAAGCAUCUAGGUCGUUCCGUGCGGCUCAGCUUGGGCAAUUCCAGCAUCCCAUGUCGUUCCAGCAAGGUAUGUCCCAGCACCAGCAUAACAAUUUCCAAGGCCUGGGCGCUAGUCCACAAUUCCAGCAGCAUGUGAUCAAUCAGCUGCUGCAAGAAGCCAAGAACACCAAUAGCCGCGCUCUUGCUCAUCAGCAACAACAGCAGCAGCACCAUCAACAGCAGCAGCAGCAGCAGCAGCAACAUCAACAGCAACAGCAGUCUCCUAGCACUCCCAAUGCAAAUGGUGGUCUUGCAUCUGGAGCCGCGGUCGCCAACACCGCUGCUAGCGGAGAGCAGGCACAGCACAUGAAUAAUGGCACAGCAAAGGGCGCUGCUUUGAUGGGUAUGACGGGGCCUAGUAAUCUGAUCAACAGUGGAGCUGGCAUGGUCCAGCGAAGCAGCAGUUUCAAGUCAGUGAGCAGCAACCCGGCCGCUUCUGGUGGCAAUGCGGCGACCCCAAAGGUGGAGUCUGUGCAUGACAUGGACGACCUGGAACAUCUCAUCUCCCACGAACUUGUGGAGAGCGGUCUGUUCAUGGGGGAGCAGCCGGGGGACGGUGGCUUCUCGUGGAACAUCUGACAUCAUUGUCAACUAAAGUCUCGCUGCUCUGAGAGCUUUGUUCGAUGGUGAUAUCGCGGUAGAUUAUUAAAAGUUUUUCUUCUUUUUUCGAGAUCGUGUUCGCUGCCUGGAACAGUCUCUGGUGAUCAUAGAUUGAUGAACCUUCAGCUAUGUGAGAGAGUGAGUUGGUUUGGAUAGCAGUGCAACCCAGUGUUAUUGACUAGUAUGGAAUGACAUGCUGUGGUUGUCAUUUGUGCUACUA